UUGUCUACACCAUUGAAUUUCAGAAGCGUGGAUUGCCGCAUGCUCAUAUACUACUAUUUCUCGCCAAAGAAAAUAAGUUCCCAGAUCCGUCAGACAUUGAUAAAAUAAUAUCUGUGGAGAUACCUGAUGAGACGUCGGAUCCUUUGUAUUAUGAGGCAGUAAAAGAGCACAUGAUUCAUGGACCUUGUGGUUUGGCUAGAAAAUCAACUCCGUGCAUGGUGGAUGGCAAGUGUAGUAAAUGGUUUCCUAAAAAGUUUGUCGAUUUCACCACUGUCGACAAUGAAGGUUAUCCACGAUAUAAACGUCGAGACAAUGGAAGGCAUAUUGAAAAAAAUGGUGUCGUUGUCCAUAACGGUUAUGUCGUGCCCCACAAUCGCAAAUUGUUGAUGAAAUAUGGAGUGCAUAUUAAUGUCGAGUGGUGCAAUCAAUCGCGAUUCAUAAAGUACCUUUUCAAGUACGUCAAUAAAGGUCAUGAUCGUGUCACCGCAUCAUUCUAUCAGACGACUGCGUAUGGAGAGAUAGAAAAACCUGUUGACGAGAUCAAUAUGUUCUAUGACUGUCGAUAUGUGUCUUCUUGCGAGGCGGCGUGGAGGCUAUUGGGUUUUGAACUGCAGUACAAAAAACCUUCCGUGCAACGUCUGAGUUUCCAUUUGAAAGGUGAACAUAAUAUUGUUUUUGAGGAUGAUGAUCCUAUCGAUGCAGUUCUUAAUAAUCCCACAGUCAAUGAGAGCCAAUUUUUGGCAUGGAUGGAAGCGAACAAGAUGUAUCCUGAGGCGAGGAAACUGACAUAUGUUGAGGCACCGACAAAAUUUGUUUGGAACAAAACAGAAAGAGUGUGGACUCCUCGAAUAAGGCCAGGUUGUAUAGGUCGUUUGAGCUAUGUUCCUCCCAAUGUUGGUGAUAAUUAUUAUUUGAGGUGUUUGGUCAAUGUUGUUCGUGGUGCUACUUGCCACGAGGAUUAUAUGAAGGUAGAAGAUGUUCAACACAUGUCCUAUCGCGAUGCUUGCUAUGCACGAGGUUUGUUGGGUGAUGAUCGAGAGUACAUUGAUGGAAUUACCGAAGCAAGUCAGUGGGCAUCUGCUGAUUCUCUUAGGCGCAUGUUCGCAUCUUUAUUGGUUUCUGGAUCCUUAGGCAAACCUGAUGAAAUUUGGGAGCGGUGUUGGCAAUUUCUAUCUGACGACGUACUAUACAAGCAACGUCGUCUUUUCGAUAAUGAAG